UAUUCAUGUCAUCAUGGCUUUCAGGGCACGGUCAAGGACGAUGUUUCGGUGGGGUGCUAGUGUUAGAUCUCGGUUAUUAGGUGGUUUUCGCGGAUUGGCUUCCGUGUCUGAUUCUACGCGACCCUACGAUGUGGUCGUUAUCGGAGGUGGUCAUGCUGGAUCGGAAGCGUGCGCUGCAGCGGCUCGCUCAGGCGCCCGCACGGCGUUGAUAACACCCUCGCUCUCCAAUAUCGGAGUAUGUUCGUGUAAUCCGAGUUUCGGCGGAAUUGGCAAAGGCACGAUGAUCCGGGAAAUUGAUGCCAUGGACGGAGUCGCGGGCCGAAUUGUUGAUAAGGCGGGACUCAUGUUUAUGGUCCUCAACCGAUCCAAAGGUCCGGCCGUUUGGGGUCCUCGCGCGCAGAUCGACCGGGAGCUAUACAAGAUUUACAUGCGUGAAGAACUGCUCGCGACAGAAAAUCUGAGCAUUGUGGAGGGUAAAGUGGCAGAUAUCGUUAUCUCGAAGGAAGAUGUUGGGACGGGUCCUGCUGCGCCGGCUGGGAAAAUAGUUGGGGUCCGGUUGGAAACAGGCGAAGUGAUACCGACGAGCCGGGUUGUGAUUACCACAGGUACUUUCUUGGGAGGUGAAAUUCAUAUCGGACUCAAGGCCUAUCCGUCUGGGAGAAUUGGUGAGGCUGCAACAUUCGGGCUGAGCAAGUCGCUACGCGAAGCAGGCUUCCAGCUGGGUCGGUUGAAGACCGGAACGCCGCCGCGGCUGGAUAAAAAGACGAUCGACUUUUCAGCGCUGCAGGUCCAGAAAGGUGACAUGCCGCCUAUGCCGUUUUCUUAUCUUAAUGAACGAGUUCAGGUGGACGAGGACGCUCAGCUUAACAGCUUUCUAACCUAUACCAACAAUGCCUCCCAUGAUAUCGUUCGCGCCAAUCUGGAUAAAUCCGUGCAUAUUCGAGAAACCGUGAAGGGUCCGAGAUAUUGCCCAUCGUUAGAAUCCAAGGUUAUACGCUUCAAGGACAAGACGCAGCACCUUAUUUGGUUGGAACCGGAAGGCUUUGCGCCGAACGAGGUCAUCUACCCUAACGGGAUCUCAAUGACUAUACCUGAGGAUGCUCAGUUCGAACUACUGAAGACGAUCCGCGGUCUCGAAAACGUACGGAUGCUCCAGCCCGGUUACGGCGUAGAAUAUGACUACAUCGAUCCGCGCAAUCUGUGGCCAACGCUUGAGACAAAACUGAUCAGCGGUCUCUACCUAGCCGGACAGAUUAACGGCACCACAGGCUAUGAAGAAGCCGCCGGACAAGGGAUAAUCGCCGGCGCCAACGCUGGCCUGUCAGCGCAGGGCCGAGAACCUCUCACCCUCACCCGUUCCGACGGCUACAUCGGAAUCAUGAUUGACGACCUCAUUACCAAGGGUGUUUCCGAGCCUUAUCGAAUGUUUACCGCACGCAGCGAGUUCCGCCUUUCCGCACGAUCUGACAACGCUGAUCUUCGUCUUACUCGCCUUGCCCACAAAGCCGGCAUCGUAGGCAAGAAGCGCUGGUCCCACUUCAGCGACACAGAAGCCCAAAUCAAAGAACUGCAAUCGCUCCUCUCCAACACAAAGCUACCCCUCGCAGCAUGGGCCCGGAAGGGGUUAACGGUUCGCAAUGACGGCACUGUCCGCUCUGCACACGAGCUUCUUGCCCACAGAGCCGUCGGGCUCGACGACCUGAUCCCACAUAUUGAAUCCCCAUCAGGCACCGCAUACACAGCGUCCUCGUUCGCGCCGGAAAUCCGCAACCGCGUUAUAGUGGAAGCUCGCUACGCGCCUUACGUGUUGAAACAGGACAAAGCGGCCGCUAGAGUCCGUAGAUACGAGGAUUUUCCCAUCCCGCUUGACCUGGAUUACAAUGCUAUUCAUGGGAUCAGCACGGAGGAGCGGCAGGCUCUAGAGCGCGUUCGGCCGGCGAAUAUCGGCAUGGCCAGGCGGAUUGAAGGCGUCACUCCAGCUGGGUCUUUGCAGCUUCUUCUUCAUCUGGGACGUCUAGGGCGGAGGCAAGAGAAUGCUAGGCGGAUUCCGGCAGACAUCGAGGCUGACACCGACAUGUCAGGGCUGGAAAAGACGCCUGAUGAUAUCUCGACUUGAUCGAUGUGCUUCAAUCAAGGAGCUUUCGUGAAUGGAGGAGGUGUACGAGUAUGCGAAUAUGCAUUGGCCAUUUACCUACAUUUUGAUCUUGGGUUCAGCGACAAGGCGCAGGCGGCAGAGGAGUUUAGUUAUACAUAGGGCCUUUAUUCUCUGUUAGAUAAUCGGCAAAUACUUGCUGUUCUAUCAAUCUCAUGUAUAUUAUUCUCACCUACAAUUACA